AUGGCCCUGUAUAACGGAUUUCAUGAAGGGGUAAGUAGGCGGGUCGGUCAGGACUGGCCUGUAUGUGGCCUUGAAUAAGGCAAAUAAGUGGCGAAUUGAAAACCAGUCUCGAGGCUAUAGGAACCCAGAUGCGAUCGGUUACAUUCAUCCGAGUCCAUCCGAGAAGGGGGCAAUGGAGAUGCGACCAGACUACUAGUAUACGGCGAAUGAAGAAGGCUACGCCAAGAGCGUCGAUAGAGCGCAUUCUGUGAGGGCACGAUGCAUGAACUGAAAAAUUAGAAAAAUCAACAUUUCUGGUGAAGGAUCUUAGGAGGCGAUAAGACUCGCAAAGAAAGGAAAUGUGAUCGGAUACGGAAAGUUAAUGGCGGCGUCCUAAAUUCCCGAUGGCCCUUUCUCAGUGUCAUAGAGAAAGUUGUCCGGGAAGGAUGAGGAAAAUAAAAGUCAGUAUUUAGAUGAAGGCGUAGCCUUCUCUUAAAGGUGUGUGGAUUAUCUGAAGACCUUAUAUUUGUUGGAAGGUUAUUCCAGAGGAAGGUAUAUCUGGAAGCGAAAAAAGCCAGUGCUUAGAGGUGGAGGAAGCUAGAGGAGGUAUAAUCAAGGAAGAGUUGCGAAGAUUGUAUGGGCGACUACUAGGGGUAAGUGCUGGAAUCCGAGGAAGAUUUAAACUAUUAAAUCCGAGGACGAUUUGAACUACUAAGAUCAUGCAGAACGACUUAGUGCAACUCCCAUAACUCUACAACUUACAGUCCAACUGCCAACGCGGGUUACGGAGAGGAAGGUCGUGCACGACGAAUCUUCUGCGAUCUCUUUAGAGCUGAAUCCGAGCCCUUGAGCAUAGGCAAGAGGUUCAUAUCGCUUUCGUUAACUUUCAAAAGGCCUACGACAUUGUACCAAACCAGACAUUGUUAUAAAAGCUGGAGAAUAUAGGGAUAAGUUGUGGCUUUCUUAAAUGAAUCGAAGACUUCCUUAGGGGUCGUCGCCAGGUUGUGGCGUCGAUCAAGAGGAAUCAGAUUUUACUAUGGUCUAGAAUGGUGUCUCCCGAGGUUCAGUACUAGGACCUGUUUUAUUUUCAUUAUGCGCGGACGAUUCCGCAAAAGAUUUGGACUGCAAAGCAGAAAUUUUCACUGGCGAAAUAAAAGUAUGGAGUGUAAUCUGGGGCUCUGUUAGCGAAGUUAAAUUACGGCUCAACCUAAAUCAGUUGUAGGAGUGAUCAAAUCGUCGACUCGUGCGGUUCAGCGUCGGCAAGUGUGUCAUACUUUGCCUAGGUAAUCCAGCCAGAUCCACCAGCACAAGAGACUACUAACACGGUGUAGUUUUAUGAGACGCGGAAACCCAAAAGCACCUCGCUGUGUCGACAAAGAAAUCCUUGAAGACACCCGCUCAUUGCUCGAGAGUGGCAAAAGACACAAUGUCCGUACUGUACGCCACCAAGCGAGUAUUUAUGGAGUUUGAUGAUGAUGUCUUGUGCGAGACCUUUGAAACAUUCGUGAAGCCACAUUUGUAAUAUGGCAUACAAGCCUGGACACUGUGGUGGGUUCAAGAUCAAAAUAGUCUUGAAAGAGUCCAAAGGAGAGUCACGAAACUAGUUAGAGGUCAUAGUUCCUUGCCCUAUGCAAUCCGCCUUAAAAAUCUGAGUCUAUUCCCUUUAAGAUAAAGGCGAAUGGGCAGGGAUCUAUUGCAAGCAUUCCGCAUUCCGAAGGGAUUAAAUUUCUGCCUGCCCUUAGAAUACUUUUUAAUUUGCUACCACAGCCAGCCUCCAAGGCCACCCAUAAAAACUGCGCAUUCAACAGGCACGAUUAGAAUUGCGGAAGUUCACCUUCCCAGUCAGAGUAGUCAAACCAAGUAAUGCCCUCCCCGCAAAUUUUUUGAUGUCACCAUCGAGGACAAGUUUUAAAAGGAACCACGCAGAUUUGUGUCCUGAAAUGAACAAGAAUGAUGGGAGAUCGAAGUCAACAACUGAGACUCACGCCCACUAUUUCAUAAUAUAAUAAUUAUUAUUAUUAUUACUUUAUUUAAUGCCAAUUUACAGGCAUUGUCAGGGAAGCGUUAAACACAAAUCCGGCCAGCAGUGAAAAAGCUCCUGUGGAAAAGGAAUAAAAAUAUAUUUGAUGGUGGUUUUUAUUGUUUAAAGUGUUCAGGAGAAAAAAACCGCUGACGGCAAACUUUCGACCGUCAAGAAGGGAGGGGUUGCACGGUAUCGGAUAAUAUCAGUCGCCAAUUUCUUUCAUGAAGUUGGGGCUAGUCCAAACAGAAGCGCCGAAGAACAGCUGUCGUUGUUGGCCAAAGAAAUUUUCCCUCGUGAGGCCGGCCAUAGUGGUCAGAGACCACAAACGCCAUCACUACGGUACAGUCGAUCAGUGGAUUCAGCACCCAAAAUUUGUGGGAGCUUUUCUGAAUGCAAAAAUCGAGUAAUAGUUCUUUUAAAUAAAGGAUAAUUUUGUAGAGUUUUCACGUUCCUGGGUAGUUGAUUCCAAAUAGCAAUUGCAUUUACAGAAAAGAACCGACGAUAUUUAACAAUACGUGCCAGAAGAAGAAAUAAAAAGACCUCACGGUGACUGUUACGUCGGGGGCGGACAUGAUGUCUUUAAGAGGUGAGUGGGCUAAAGAUGUGAUUAUAUAAGAGCAUGAAUAGCAAAAAUAGUCCCUUUUGUAAUCUACAGAACCAUAAAGGAUCGAGGCCUGUAAGCCGGCAACGUUCUUGGUAAGACGAAUGUCGGUGUUCGGGGGUUAAAACUCUUUUGGUAAAAAAGUGUUGAACGGAUUCUAUAUUCUUCCGCUCAUUGGCACGCAUGAGGCUAAAUAAAAACGAACAGUAUUCCAGGCCAGGUCUAACGUACAUGUUGUAAAGGCACAUUCUAAUUCCCCUAGUUUUAAAGUUUCGGAGGAUAAACCCGGUAGUUCUACGUGCUUUGGAGACUAUCAAGGCACAGUGCUCCGAGAGAUUAAGACUCUUGGAGUAUGAUAUGCCCAGAUCCUUUAUAACCCUGGGCACAUUUAUGAAGUGCCCUUCAAUACUUAUUUGAGGUUGGCGGUCGUCGCCAACCACCACGACUGAGCACUUAUGUCAAGAAAGAGAAAGGCGCCAUGUGCGGCACCACUGGGCGAAAGCCUGUAGAUCGCUCUUUGGGAGCUGAAGCACGAUGUCACGAUCUGUCGGCUUAUAUCGAUAUGCAAAUUUAAGAUCACUGGCAUUCUGAAAUUAAUCGAGUGCAUUACUAACGAAAAGGCAAAAUAAAAGCGGGCCGAGGAUCAUUCAAGUUAUUCCAGUCCAGAUCGUUUCCCUACACCCUGAUCGCGCCUGCUUCCUUCAAUAAACUGAACUGAACAAAUUAAAUGUUGGAAUGCGGAAUAGGAUGCUGUUUAAUUUAUAGUUUUGUUCUGCCUCCCUGUGAUUCUUCAUAGGGCUGUGUAGCACUCAGGUUCUCCUUGUGCUCGAUAGGUUUCAAAUCGUUGGUUGCUUCAGGAUUCUUCACUGGACAGGAAACUAAGGAGGGUUCUCCAUGCGACUCGGUGGGCGUAAUAACAUGGCAAUCCAACGAUCAUUUGUCAGCAAGGAUGAUAUGGAGAACGGUUUAUUAAAAUUCAAUGAUAAAACACACGACGAAGGGAUUAAUAAGAUACAAGAGGCUUCUCUGACGAUAUAAUCUCCAUCUGUCUCCGGCUGAACCACAGGGAACGUAUAACUGGAGGCUGCUACAGGGAGUAGAAUGCGGUCUUCGGUAGUUGACCUGAUGCGCACAGAAUACACCCAGUCCGGAAAAGCACCAAUUCCGUAAAACAGGAAAAACAGAGUGGUUCACUUCUGCCACAUCACAGCUGCUUCGAAAAAUAAUUGGUUAUAGUAGCCUUUCAAGUCUGGAACACAUAUCAGAGCAUUUGGAAGAGGAUAAUUUUAUAAGACAUGCAAACUCCAAGCGGAAAGAGAAGGCAACUCAGAGUUGACCCGUUCUGAGCAACGCUGGUUUCUAGAUGCAGCAAAAAAUAUGCUCAUUUGAGAUUAUCAGCAUAAAACAAAACUGACUUCUUUAAGCUGCAGAUGAAAUAUCACUAAUAUAAAGCAAGAACGAAAUAUAACCUAACACGGUUCUAUGGAGGACAUCGUUUACGACGGAGUUUUCCCAUAAAAAUGAGGACACCAAUGAGACCUUUAGUUUCCGAGUGUAUAGUUUUGGCAUAAUGCAGUAACUAAGGAAACUGGGAUUCCCUGAAGCCCGAAGUUAUACAAGGAAAAUCUCUGUAACAACUUAUCUAUGGUUUUAUUAAAAUCGGUAAACUUACUGACAACAGAACCAUUACAAAGAGAGGUAGACUGACUUGUAAGAAGACAAAUGCACAUUUCGCGAGGGUGGUUGAACAUAAAAUCGUGUUAGAAAGUGUAGGGACAUAGUCCGUUAUAGAAAAAUAGGAAAUUGUUACUACGGUUAUUUUUGAACGGCUUGACAGGAGAGGACGUUUUGAGAACGUGUAGAUCACUUUAAACUUGAAAACAGGAGUCACAUUUAGAUACUGGAAUAAUAAUCUAAUUUUUUCAUAAUAAUAGUGAGACCAUUCUAGAGGAAGACUGAGGGGAAUUUGUUUGUGAACAAGGAAGUUCCUCUAGCUGUUAAAAUAAAAGAGUAAAUUGUUUUAUUAAGCAUCCGUGAGGACCCUGCAAUUGUAAGUCAAAAACAUUCAAAAAGUCAUUCACGAGUGAAUCUCGGGGCGAGUAGGCAAUUUGUAAAGUAUUGUGCAAUAAUUUACCGUACUAACAACACAGGUAUUAGCUAAAAGCCCAGACACGCGUGUUUCGCCGAUCUUGUGCCGCUGCCUGACGCAGCUGCGAGGGCUUCGGCUCGUCAGUGGGUCCCCCAGCAUUCCCCGUGUGUUUUCUGGUAUAUGAACUCCAGUUUCAACUUGCAUGCUAUACCACUGGCUGCCUGUUGGCGGUUUGUGAAUAUUAAGCAGUUAUUCCGCAGUAGCUGAUGGAUUUCAGCUCAAAUAUUCAUAUCAAAUUUCGGACCGUGCCUGAAAAGGCCUGUUUCGAAAGAGUUACUCCAAGUUCGCGCAUUAAUUUCCUCGGAAAUUAAGCAAGGCAAAUUUAUAUAGUGUUAAAUAUCAGAGAGGAGACUAGAGUCUGGGGCUAGCAUGGCACAGAACUGUUUCGGGCUUAUAUGCCUUCAUUCAGCCAAUCCUAAACUUAACCACCGUCUGGGACCGGAAACACAGACUUGCGCAGACAGAACUGUCGCAGCUGGUCCAUCACUAGAGUCUGCCAGGUGGGUCAGAAGUACUUCUUUGAACCAAGGUUUAUCAAUGCCUUGACACCUGCCAUUCUUCGUCGCUAAAGACUGGGUAUUUAUUCACUCAGGACUAGGCGCACGAAAAUCCAUUGGCUUCUGGAAACAAACAAGCUUCGCGUUGGUGAUAGGGGUAACGAACAGGCAACCACCUACCAGGCCGAAGCAAGCCGAGCUGCGAUAGCAAGUUCAUCUAACCUAAUUAACGAACUUAGAGUGGCCGUGCCGUUACAUCGUGGGUCGCCGUCCACGGCAAUACAUCCCUUAUGUCUCUAGAGUCACUCACGCAACGUAGUUACCUCAGAACUUUAUCAUUUUUCCUCAUCAUCACUCCUUUGGUGACCGAGUGCUCGCUUAAUGCGAGCUCAUAAUUCGCAAGCUAUUAAGAUAAAAUAUAUCUAAGACUAAUGGAGCAGGCGAGCAGUCGAAGUGGAUAAGAUUAUUUAGAUUCCACCGAUGUUCUGGCGGCUUGAAGAAGCCCAGGAGGUCCUUAAAUAAUCCAAUCCUAUUCUUUUAAGCCUUCUGGACAUUUAACUUAUCAUUACGCUUUCGAGAGUCUACGUCAAAUUAUUUGAAUCUAUAUGCAUGAACUUCUUCCGUUUUACUGCUCAGUCUCUGUUAGAUCUCAAAAACGUCAGAGAUCUUACGUUGUUUAGCUACUUCUUCCUAUUUUCGUAUUUUCUAUUUAUGGUGUGUGUUUUCAACUGCUGCUGCAUAAUCAGCUUCGCCGUCUUGGUGGCCGCUUUUUUACUUUGACACCUCUAUUCAGGUUUUCUCCUAUCCUGUCCUCUUUUUUCGUUUCCUCACUUCGAGCCACCCUAUUCAGUCGCAGUUCCUUGCGCUUAUCGUCCUUUUCCUCUCACACCGUUAUUAAAAUCAUGCUUUUCAUUGUAAUGUCAAGCUUAGUUUGAAUGCCUUUACGAAUCCUAACAUACAGGCGUACCGGGGUCCGCAUGAGGGAUGCCGACAAACUAAUACGCAUUAACCUUCCACCUCUUGCUUUUCUGCUGUAGAGGUAAGACGACAUUUGGUAAUAUGCUAAUUCCAGGAUUUCCUUGACUGGGAUGAACUUCGGGAGCCUCAGGCCCUAUUUUGCACAUUAAACCAGUAACGGGAAAAAUAACGAAGGUCGAAUGAGACAUGGCAACCGCGUCCCCGGCAUCCUUAAAUUUUAUUAUUAUCGUUUGCGAAUUCCAAGACAUCAGCAAAUACCGGUCACUUAAAUUAUGUCUACCGAAUUACAAAAGCUCAAUAAUACCAUUCUGGCUGAAAUUUCUAAUCAGAAAUUUUGGAUGUACUUUUUGUUUUGCUGACUACGUGUUCUAUAGCAGUUACAUGGAGAGAAUAAACGCGGAAUUAGUUGAACACAUUCAUUUCCUUGAGACGCAGUUAGCAAAUCCAGAGGAAAUUAGUUAACUAUUUUUUCCAGUUAUAAGAGUUAGAUAACGAAUGGAAGACACGCUAUGACGUACAAAGUCAAAUAAAUGAACAUAUCGAAAAAAGCCGACUUUACACGAAAGAAUUAAUUUGUAAGGCGAAGGAAUCCCUAAGCAAAGGUUUGCAAACCACUUUAAUCAUUUGCUCCUUAGUUUAUGGCUCUCUGAAAGAGGAUUCGAUUUUGUCAACAUUUGGUGAUUAUGACGAAAAUGCUCUUGAAAAGCUGAGCACAGAAAAGCAACUGCUGAAAAAGCUUAGAGAGGAAAUCGAGUGGAGAAUUGAACAGGAAGAAAAGUUAAGAGUUUUUAACAUUCAUAAAGGUUAAAGGAGUAGUGAAGUGAGACGUAAAGGUUUUAAAAUUUGUGGAUGGUUUAAAGAUUGUUAUUUGUCUGGUAUAGUCCUUCCGGCACUCUUCUUCUAUUAUGCCCUAAGGAUUCGUUGGUGGCGAUGGAGAAAAAAGGAGCAAACUCGUAUCGGGCAGAAACUAGAAGUGACGAUGAUGAUUAUUAACCGGUUUUGCAUUUGGCCACAUUUUUGAAGCAUAGGGCACUUCUGGAAUCCUUUGGGAAGAUAUCGAACGUCAGGUUGAAGAGCCGGCGACAUUGGUGGAAACAAAACGUACUAAAGUAACUGAACGUGUGGCUUACAUCCAAUAACACCACACAUCAAACUACACCUGCACUUAAUCAAAAUAUCGCUCCCUUAUUUAACUCUUAAUUGUGCAAAAACGCAUUUUGGUGGUUUGAAAGGCCAUGCCGUACCGUUAGGCUCUACUUUCAUUGUUUGGAAACGUCCGUAUUUUUUAGUUUUGAUUCGUUUAUGGGAAACUCAACGGUCUCAGACUGAUUCAAAUCAACAAAACGAAGGGGAAAUUUUGAAUACAGCCGACUCCUUAAUCACCUGAUCCACGAGGACCCAUCGAGAGCCGUUAGUUUAAUCACACAUGGGUCAGUUUGCGCGCCUAUCCCGCAGAAACGUACGAAGUUUGCCUAUUCUGAUACAGUUAGCAGACUACCCAAACAAAAUUUUCUCAUUAAUUGCUCUAGAAUCUACCACAUGUCUGUUAAACUAGUGUGCUUUUACUGCAUUCCAAACCAACCUCGAAUGUCUUAAGGUUUGUAUACACUUCUAAACUAUCGUUUGGCGUAAAAAUGAGUUUGAAUGGUCUCUUUUUCGCUGAAAAAUCAUGGAAAAUAUUUACAAAGUUUUGUGCUGAUUAUAUAAUCAACCUUAAACACAACUUUGGUUUCUCGUCCGUCCACAGUUUAGAUUUUGUUGCAUCUUUUGUUGAAGAAGCCUGCUUGCCGUUGACAUGAUACUCGCUGAAUUUUCCACCUGCGCAUAAGCAAGGGCGGCUGGGAUUAUUCUGCAGAUGACUCGGCAUCACAGAAUAGGCUGAAGACGUUCGCAUAACGGAGGUGUCCAAAGGACAUCCAGUGACCUGACUUUGCCAGGGUGGGAACGAAAUUUAAAAACGACCUACUUGAUCAGCCUUUCGGGCAGGGGCGGAGAUUUAAGUCAUCCACCUUUGGUGAAGAAUGCAUCUUAACAGGAAAUAGUCAUAAAAACUAUUGUCGGAAGUGAUCACCUGUUCCUAGUUAGUGAAGUCAGGCGACCCAUCAAAGGCCGGGCGCUUGAAGUUUCCGCCGGGAAGGACGAUUAAGACUUAGAGACUGAAUAGAAAAGAAACGCCACGUGCCUAAGAAAUCAACGAUAGACAUCUGAGGAACGGUAGAGGCAGCCGAGGGGUACGGGAAAGUUAUAAUAAAGAGAGACAACCUCACACAGCGCCUGUUGCCAGGAUUUUCCACCUGCGCCUAAGCAAGGACAAUUGGGAUUAUUUUGCAUACACAACUUUUAGAGCUUUAUAAGGCUUCAUUUUAGGCUUGCUGUUGGUGUCAAAUAACUAUAACUUAUACAUUCUGAGAUGCAUUCGAAAAGAUUACCUCUGCUCUCAUGAUAGUGAGAUGCAUUCUGAGAUGCAUUCGAAAAGAUUACCUCUGCUCUCAUGAUAGUGAUACAUUCUGAGAUGCAUUCGAAAAGAUUACCUCUGCUCUCAUGAUAGUGAUAAUUAAAAACUCUGAGAUGCAUUCGAAAAGAUUACCUCUGCUCUCAUGAUAGUGAUAAUUAACAACUCAUCUUAAUCAAGAUUGCUUUGUCAUUAAACCUCAUGCAAGAACCCAUAUAGACGAUCGCACGGAAAAGACGCAAAAACUAACAAAAAUUGUACAAACAGGUAGAAGAGAUACCAAAAAUGACUACCGCUGACCUACAUCGGUGAGGUUUGGAACCAUAGCGGCAAGCGCAAGUCUUGAAUGCAAUUGGAUCAAGGGAGUUAUUCAUAUUUGCCAAAAGCCAGUUAGUUAAGUGAGCUCAGUAGUCGUUUGACGGAUUCCCUACCGAUUGCUUAGGAAAUCCUUCUGGGAUAAUCAGCCUACUCUAUCAGAAUCAGUGGAUUUCAUAUGUUUCAUAAGGUUGGUCGGACAACUUAAUCCAAAUGUAAUUAAAUUCCUGGCUCUCGUAAAUUUUUUGAAUCUGUCAGAAACAUCAGCCAGCAGCAUCCAGACUGCAGACUUGGAGGACUUGCGAUUUCGGUCCGAAUCGGCCAAUGUACCGGGUCGGCCGACUGAUUACAGCAAAUAAAUCAAUGAAAAUCCGUAGUUUCUACGUUCACCACUGCACUCGGAUGACUAAUACGUAUUUCACUGAUCUGGUAUUGUAUCAUAAUACUUGCGAUAAUAAUAUAGAUAUAUGUGUUUACUCUUUUUUGACUAGCCGAUCAACAUUCGCUUUUUGUACGCAACUAUUAAAACAAUCUCUUUUUCAACUUCGUACCAAUCGGUGCAUUUUAUACCCAGUAUGGCGUUCAAAAGUGAACCGCACCGAACUGAACAAUCUUCUUUUUUAUGAAAUAAAGCGGUUGUAUAUAGGAUGUAGUUCGUAAUGAGACUGGUAUUUUUCAAUGAGAAAUCGGUAUGCUAACGUCUAAAUCUAUAGUUCCGAGUAAACUCUGACAAGCGGUUGCUAGCCAAAAUUGCGGACCUCAAGUCCAGUUUUACUGGGAUGCACAGGAUAUCUCACGUUGUCUCCAUAGUGCGGACCGCCAUUCUUACUGGUUUAUUCAAUCAAUAUCUCCGAUAUGCCUAUUACUGCGCACUUUUAACGAGUUAUUUGCUCCCAAAGACGAAAUAAACUUCUUUAUGGGAGAUCGCUGGAAAAUAUCAGGACCUCAAAAAAUAAGGGCAAGCUACGACUAUAAAAAAAGUCACAGUCCUAAAAAGAAUUUACCGCCUAUGUAGACAUGAAUGAGAAAAAGUGGUUAAGGCCGCUGACAGCGGCCAAAUUUUGCUUAAAUGUUGCAAUGCCAUUGGGAUGAAAAAAACCUAUGAUAGAAUAUUUUAACUCAUAUCAAAGUGCCCAGCCUUGCCACUUUUUCCACUGGGUUUGCAUUGUAUAUUUCUAAUUUAUAAGGCGAUCUGAUACAUGAUCAUGAUUUCAUCUAAGAUCGCGUAUUCUGUUCUACAACCAGAACAGAUAGGAGAACUGAGAGCAUGGGGCGUUUGAUUUGCUUGCUUGCAACCGGCAAGACAUGGGUGCAUAUAUCAAGUAGUAGAACGUCUGACUCUGACCGUAGAUCAUCCUGGUCCUUCUUGCCCUUGAUCUUGCAGGUAGGUGACUGAAACAUAACGAACAGUUUCAUUACCUCCUCCACUGGGUCGCUGGUCCAAUGAUCCGCUUUUGGUUUUGUGGGGCUUUGAACAUCGGUAUUUAGUUUACUUUCCAUGGAUUAGCAACGGGAUCUCAUCUCGUAUCUUCUGUUUGAUACUCCCAAUAAGUUCGUCACCUCUAACACCCAUUUGGCCGGAUUCUUUAAUUUUAUUGUCUCACGGUCAGUCACCCGGUUGGUGAAGUUCGUUUCUCACCUUAAAACUUUUCAUGGGUCCCUGAGACCCUAUGCUAGUAAUUUAAUCAUUAGUAAUUCACAUUUUUUCACUCAAGAUUUGAAUCGUUUAGGAAGGCUCACUGGACAUGAGAAACUACUAAGCAUUUUGAGUGAGACUGAAACUUUCAUCUUUGGUCUACGAACUGUUGCAACUGCUAUAUUCUAGCCUCGCGUAUGGACGGCCUGAGAUUUCAGAUCAAAAUACUGACCUUUUGUUAUACAAGGAGACCAAGUUAAUAGGCACGUGGCUGUCAAAAAUAGGCAUAAGCAUGGCCUACCUGCCAUUUACCACUAUCACCACCACCACCACCACCACUACCACUCUCUCAACCAACACUAUUUCGAGUUCGGUCUCAUUAAGAAAGAGAAGCAGGGAGGACGACCAGAUGCCAAUUCCGUACGGGAGGCUGAAGCGCAGUUGUAGGAUAGACUGUGCUGGCUGCCAGUCAGCAGAUUGAACCAGCCAGACGGGCUAAAACAAUGAACGCUUCAAGACGACCAAUCGCUUCCAAUCGCUGUCGUUCGUAUAGGCUCUACUUAUAUACGUUAAAGUAGUCAUUCUUUUUAGGUAUAUUUCCACCUGUGCCAACGCUUAGCAAGGCCGGUGGAAGUUUACUUCCAGGCAUUAUACACGAAAGCCUAUAAUCAGACUUCAUCUGCCGAGAGGAAGUGCUUCCCUACUAAGGAGAAUUAUUAAAAUCAAAAACAGAGGUCUUGGUUUUUCCAGCAGGCUUAUAAAGUUUAUCUACUGAUCUAAAGGUGCCCCUCUAUCAUUUUGUUUCUAAUUCCUCCCCGUUUCACUCCUAAUCAUUCUUCUUAUUACCUUUCGUUUAAAAAGGUGUCGCUGGCAGAUCAGAUGAAUAGGCUGCAGGGGAUACUAAUGAUUUUCUGACCUCCUCGGUGAGCAGAGAGGUUGAGAAUUUAUUAAUUUAAAUAUCUACAGUGAGUGACCGAGCUCAUGGAAUGUUGACCGAAAUUCUGAAAUGCCUUUGCGACUAGGAAGGAUAACUUAGGUGGAGUUGUAGUAUUGAUCAUCAUGCGGCAUAAUCCUAUAAUAUUUUGGACUCGCCAGGAUGUCCUGCUUUUGAAGGCACUUCUUGUCGAUCUCCUAUAGAAUCCGCACUCGGUAAAAGAUGACCACUUAGGUAGUAUGCAUUUUUUACAUUAAUUUUCGAUGGUCUCAUAACUUCAUAUGCACAAAAUGUGCUUUGAUUCCCGAACAACUUUGAGUCUGAUCAGCCAUUGCAUUAGCAUUUAGUGAUUUCUGUCUGCAAGGUGCAUUCUUUCCCCGUAAUGAAAAUCAUAUAUUCCUCUAUGCCUUCAAGAAGGUACCAUAUAGAGUUCAUAAAAUUUUGUAAUGGAUUAGGGCUAUGUUGUACAUUUUAUGAGAAACACUGGUAAACGGACAGGUACGAUGCUGUAUGAAAGGACACUGCACGGUCCGAAAAAAUCUAAUAACUAGAAACUUUUCCAAAACCUACAUAUACCUUCUCUUUUGGCAUAAAAUGUAAAGACAACGCGAGUUUCCACAAAACGUACCGUAGAAGGCAUAUUUUGUGGAUAUUUUCUAUAAAGUAUAUUUGAAUUUAUGAGACCAUAAAAAUCAAUGUGAAAAAUGCAUGCUACUUAAGUAGACUUUUUUUAUCGAGUGUGGUUCCUGCAGGAGGUCGAAAAGAAGUGCAUUCAAUAGCCGACAUCCUGGCGAGUCCAAAAUACUACAGGAUUAGGCUGUUAGAUAAUCACUAUUACAACCCCACCUAAGUAGUCCUUCCUAAUCGAAAACGCAUUUCAGAAUUUCCGCCAACAUUUCAUGAGGUCGGUCACUCAGCGUAAGUUGCCACAAUUUGCGCACAUUGUCUGCGCUGCUGACCAAAUAUGCGGAAUUACUGUUCACUACAUCAAAGCAACAUUUGUUGAAAAAAAACCGAUUUCAAUCGUUUCGGCGGUGGAGUAUAAGGAGAGGAAAACCCUGGAGCAGAUUACGGUCCAUAAAUUCGUUCUUUUUCCCACGGACUUUUUGAUGUAGUUUUGCAAUUUUGAACUGUGCAGGCCUUUCACGUGGCAAGUGAUGCCCGAAAAUCCGCCCUAGUGGAACUGAACUUUUCCUUCUUGCCGCCGGACGCCCCCUCCAUCUUUCAGGAAUUUGUUGACUUGUCGCCGCGAUUUCAGGAGAAAAGGUGAGGCAUCUCCCGUGACAGAACUAUGCUUCUGUACGUUUUUUCAUUGGAGUUUGCAAACUUAUGACCUUACUUUCAAGUCCAUCGGCAGACUAACUCCUUCCGGAAAUAUUUUUACCCUGAACAACUAACUACACACAAAUCGCUCUCAACAGUAAGCUGCUACUUUCGUCCAGUCAAUUCAUUUUUCUGCCUUUACUGCUUUCAGACGCAUACCACAGAAUAGACGGAUGCUGGAUCCAAAGAAAGGCCCAAUUCGGAAGGCAGUGGCUGCCGGAAGACUACCGAAAUUAGCCUUCUGA